AAACGUGCAUCGCGACUAGUUAGCAGUUACUGCCGCGGACAGAGCACGGCAGGAAGGAACGAGCAUUCGUGCGCGAGAGCUGGUGGCACAUGGACCGCCGGGACUCCUCCGAGGCGCCGGGGCCGGCCGUGAACGGCACUGGCGGCGUCGGAGGCGCGGGCGCGGCGGCGCCCGGGGUCGUCGACGCGACCUUCGACACCAACACGGUGAUCCUGCUGGCGGCGCUGUUCCUGGCGCUGCUGCUCGCCAUCGCGCUCAACUCGCUGGCCAGGUUCGCGCUCUGGUGCGGAGGCCGGGCCGCGGCCGGGGGCGGCGAGGUGGCGGCGUCGCCGAGCGUCGCCGCGUCGUCCUGCGCGGGCGUCCGGGGCGGGAUCAAGAAGCGCGCGCUGCGGAGCAUCCCCGUGGAGGUUUACGUCGGCGGGGAUGCGAAAGACGACGAGGAGGAGGGGGCCGGGAGCGGGGACGUGUGCGCCAUCUGCCUCGGCGAGUUCGCGGACGGCGAGAAGGUGCGCGUGCUGCCGCGGUGCGGCCACGCGUUCCACGUCCCGUGCGUCGACGCCUGGCUGCUGUCCCGCGGCUCGUGCCCGACGUGCCGCCGCCCCGUCAUGGACGCCAAGCCUGCCAGUGCCAGUGCCACAGGCGGCAGGGGAGUGGCCCAGCAGAGCGCCCGCCGCCCGGACAGCGACACCGUCGCCGUGGUCAUUGCGUGAGGGACGACGGAGGGGAGCAUGGGCGUGGCCAUGGGCCCAUGGCCAUCGCAAGCAGCAGAGACCUAGUGGUAGGAGCGAGCACACGCAACGAAGCAAGGUAUAGAGUAGCGCUCUGUACUGUUCCGGCGUCGCUGUGGAUAAGUUCAUGUAAAAAAUAUCUCCGUAGCCUGCCCUGCUCUGGUAGCCGCAUCGUCCGAUAUUAUCCGGCGACGGCUGGCCCACUUGCACUAGAUGACGCUACAUGCUUGGAGUGUACUGCUCGCUAGUGUAGCAUCUUCUUGCCGUUGCCGUUGCCGUCAAAUGUAGUGCACGAGUAGCUGCCCAGUUGCUCUGUCACAGUUUUCAGUUUCGGUGGUGCCGUGCAACAAUUUGUUACA